AUGUCCUCUUAUUCACAUUCUGAGACGGGUAGUGGAGACGAGAGACCUUCCAGUCGCGGAUCCUGGGACUCUUUUGCCUCAGACGAGUACGUGGGCAGUGCCGAUUACCGCCGAGACAACCUUAGGGCGAAGGCAAUCUUCGUCCAUGGAAUGCAACACACUCAGUGUCCACCUCGCAUUCGCGCCUUCAUCGACUUGCUGACACGCAAUCUCGAUAUCGAGGCCAUCAGAGCGGUUGACGUGGAAGCCGUUUCCGCUUUGGUCAUCUGUCCGCAGCGAGACACUGCCGCCGCCCUCGCCAGCCAAGUGCGAAAGUAUCGCUACGAGAACAAGGCAGAAUGGAUGAAAUUCCACGAGCUCAUUUUUGCUGCCUUAGCUCACCCCUCUAUCGCCCGAUGCGAGAAGCAGACAUUUGACGUCGAACUAGGGCCCAGCAGCGACCGUGUCCGGUACCUCGCGCCGCCGAAGCCAGACCUUGUCUUUGGGCUCGCCUGUCCCGAUUACCUACACCGAGCGCCAUCCUCUUGUCUCGAUCACUUGUUCCUGGUUGCGAUCAGGGAGCGCGGCAUCCAGGCCUUCCCCGUCGUGUCUAAGAAUUACACAGGUCCGGCCUUUCCUUGCGUUCUAUUCGAGGCCGCGACGAACUUCGAUAGACUGAUGACCGCGGAGAAUCGAGCAGCUCAUGGCGCUGCCAAGGCACUGGCAUUGAUGCAAUCCCUCAGAGAGAGCUACUACCACACGGUCGGUACACACAUCUCUGCUCCUUUGCCUAUGGUCGUGAUCUGCUCACAGGGCGAUGUAUACGAGGUCUUCAUCGCUUUUGUCCUUCAGAAAGAGGAAGUAACAGUCUCCACACAUCCAUAUGCAGCCUUCCUCGACAUACCUUAUUCCAAGCCUGGAGUGCACCUGGUCAAAAUCUGGUUGGGAAAUGUUGACUCCACAAAGAUGGUCUAUCAAUUGCAGUUGCUCCUACAAAGGCUACUGCAUUGGAUUUUGCAGGUAUGGCGGCCCACCAUAAUGAGCAUGCUGGAAACCAUCAAGGCCAGUAUGUCACACAGCGAAAGUCUAAGUAAUGCCUUCCGCGCCUCAUCCACGCCGAGUGGCCAUCCGAAGACGUUCAAUUACCGUCGAGACAACCUGACGUCGGCGUCGAUCUACAUCCACGUCCUCCAGGAAAGACAAUUGCCGUUUGAGAUUCGAGCCUUUGUCCACGCCAUCAGUCACGACAUCGAGACCGAUGCCCUCGCGGCGGCGCAUGCGCCGACACUCCCGUGGCGAGAUUCUGUGGUCGCCUUGGCGGGCCAGGUGGCACAGUAUACUCUGGAGCACGAGUCGACUUGGAUGGAGUUCAAUCGCCGCGUAUUUAGCAUCCUCGAAAACGAAUUGCUAAAACGCUGUCAAGACAUCCAAUUCAAUGUCCAGGUAGGUCCAACCGCCCACCGCCGGCAUACCCUGGCGACGCCCACUCCCGACCUCGCCUUUGGGCUCCCAACAACCAGGGAGGAUGAAUCCCGUGGAGGUCUUGCCAGAGACUUCCUGUUGUGUAUCCCCGAGCGCUUUGGCAUUCGUCCAUUCCCAUCUACCUCACCCAAUACGCCGGACCUCGUCUUUCCUUGCAUCAUCUUUGAGGCCAAGUCAGAGCUCGGAAGCAUCUACGAGGCGCAAAAUUAG